AUGGCUACGGCGACAGUGACCGGCCAUGGGCGGAGACCCUCAAUGCGACAACCGGAACUACAAAUGCCCACCAUUCACUCUGCAUCCCAGUCCACGAGUAGCCCCAUUGACAAGUUCCCUCCCUAUGAAGAUUCUCUGGAUGCCGCCGUGGGGUCCGCGGCACCGACAACCCGGCCACACCGGAGUCCCUCUGUGAAGUACGCUCUCGGUGAUCAGUGGGAGCCACGAAAGAAUGCGUCCUGGUCGCGAGAUCACCCGCUAGGCGUAAUACGGAGUUCAAAACAUCGACCGCGAAAGAGCAUCAGUGAAGCGAUCUCGAUAAUUCGCACCAGAAACGGAAGUGUGAGCGCUAAUGCGCAUGAACUUGCGGAAGCUUUGAAAGCUCCAGUAUCGUAUCGAUUAGUGGGUCUCUGUCUGAUCUGGUACUUGACCUCCGCCCUGACCAACACAUCCUCCAAAUCGAUCCUCAAUGCCCUCCCUAUGCCCAUUACAUUGACAAUCAUUCAAUUUGCGUUUGUCUCAUUCUGGUGUCUUUUCCUGGUAUAUCUCUCCAGCGUGAUACCUGGACUUCGGCGAAGCAUUCCGGUCCUUAAAAAUGGCAUCCGAUACCCCUCGCGCGAUGUAAUCUCGACCGCGCUUCCGCUCGCUGUGUUCCAGCUUGCGGGCCACAUUCUCAGCUCCAUGGCUACAUCUCAAAUCCCUGUUUCCUUGGUCCAUACUAUCAAAGGCCUAUCCCCGCUAUUCACUGUCCUCGCAUAUCGGGUGCUGUUCCGCAUUCGGUACGCCAAGGCCACAUAUCUCUCGCUGGUGCCCCUGACCGUCGGCGUCAUGCUUGCCUGUUCCACAGGAAUCUCAACCAACCUGUAUGGAAUUCUCUGUGCGCUCCUCGCGGCUCUGGUGUUCGUCUCUCAAAAUAUCUUCUCAAAGAAGCUCUUUAAUGAGGCCGAGCGCUCCGAGGUUGAAGCGGCUAACCCCGCCCGGCGCAAACUUGACAAGUUAAACCUACUUUGCUAUUGCUCCGGCCUGGCCUUCUUCCUGACCUUGCCCAUCUGGUUCCUCAGUGAAGGCUAUCCUCUCAUCUCCGAUUUUGUUCAUGACGGUUCCAUUUCACUCUCGGGCAAGCAAGGAUCCCUCGACCAUGGAGCGUUGGCCUUGGAGUUUGUUUUCAACGGAGUCUCGCACUUUGCGCAGAAUAUCCUCGCAUUUGUCCUCCUGUCUAUGAUUUCGCCUGUCUCCUACUCCGUUGCCUCGCUGGUGAAGCGAGUCUUUGUGAUUGUGGCCGCUAUCAUUUGGUUUGGGAGCUCCACUACGCCAAUUCAAGCGGUCGGCAUUGCUCUCACCUUCUUGGGACUGUAUCUCUAUGAUCGCAACAGCCAUGAUGACGUGGCCGACCAGCGUGCGAAUACCGACCAUUUCCACGCGCGGGACACUGUUCUGCCUCUGAACGUGCGACAUUCAAGCAAGCCUUGGGACUCCAAUGGAUAUGCUUUCCCUGGAAUGAGAGCAUUUGAGGUGUCGACGGGAAACGCCUCUCUCCCGAUGAAUUCCUCCAAGAAGCAGGACGACGGGCCUGGCCGCGUGCGACCUCGGGGCGCUAGCGUCCAUCGCAAUUUACUUCCAGGAACUAAGCAAGAAUCUACCUGGCAACCCAGCGAUUCUACAGCGGCCGCGUAG